AUGUCCGAAGCCCCACACUCACGCUACAAUCUUCGAAAAAGAAACCCCGUCGAUAAUGACGUUUUCGAAGAACUGGAAAAGUUCUUGAGUGAGCAACGCAAUAUUCUCCGGGUAAGAAAGCCACGAACAGGUGGAGGAGCAGGAAAGCCACGAAGAGGCAAAGGAGGAAGAAAGCCACGGAAAGGUAAAGGCAAAGCCUCACAGGGGCCAUCAACGCCAGAAUCGUUUACAACAAAGAUCCACGUCAAAUUUAUCGCAGACAUCCAAGAAGAAUCAGAUCAACAGUCCGAGGAAGCCUCAACAGAAAGUGCCGCCAACGUCUCCGAUUGGUAUCGCUCCUCCCAUAGCGAGGCGGAUCUCAAACCUGGGGAGUCUCACUCUAACAGACAUUUCUAUUACCAGCGGACCGGAACUCCCAGGUCCGAUUGCUUGUUCGCUGCCAAUGUUGAGGUAGUAAACAAGGUGCCGGUGGAUAUCAUCGUUGACCCCAAAUACAUGCCGUCAGAUGAUGAUACAGAAUUCCAGAGACUAGUGGACCUAUGGCAAGAUCCUGCAGUCGAAGAUAAGGUUGAAUUAUCGGACUGGUCUGAGUUAGAAAAACUAGUAGAUCCGAAGAAAGCCAGGUUCGCGCCCCUUUUCAGGGACGUUCAUGAUGACAGAUAUCGUAAGAAAACAGAACCAGAUAUCCUAUUUGAUUAUAUCGCCUCGCUAUUUGAGCAAUUACCAAGUCAAGGAGAGAUUGAUUUUCGUCAGAAUUGCUACUUCCCGCUCGCGCGAGAGGACCUGGGAACGCACCAGGGUCUAUAUUUCAGUUACUACAUUGGAAAAGGAACCUUCAAUGUUCCUGGUGGUCAAGCGAUUGGCGUUCCUCUCGCCGUUUGCACUUGCAAACCGAAGCUCGGACGAGCUGGCAUCGCCCGGUCUGAGAUCCCGGGACUUCUGUUUCAAGCCAACAUGGCCUUCGAAUUCGAAAGUAAUCACGAGCAAUAUCCUGCAUAUGUCAUCAGCGUGCGAGGCUGGAAGAUCCGCUUCGUCAAAGGUAUUAUGACCCGGCAGGAAGUUGCCCGUCUCCAAGAUAAGAAGCUAUCAGGGAGGAUCAAGGUGCAGCGAACUGGGGCGUACGAUCUCUAUUACCGCAACGAGCGCAAGGAGUUUAUCCGAGUUAUGCUAGGCUUGUUGCGGUCAUUCAAAGAUCGACGCGAAGCAGACUUUUCUACCGAACUGCUCUGA